AUGCAGACGUUAGCCACCAAGGUCAGUGCCUCCUACACGACCCGCUCCGCCCAUAUGGAGCAGCGGCUUGGAAGGAUGCAGAGCCAGGUUGACGACCACUCCAACCGCAUCGUGUUGCUGGAAUCCCAUGUCAAGCAGCUGCAGGACAUCCACGGAGCUGUCUGCAGCGAGGUUCCGCCGAAGCUUGCCUCUGAUCCUGGUUUCGAUCGGACAGUCGAUGACACCAUCAUCAUCGCUAGUUGCAAGCAGCUCGGGCCCAAGAAGUCUAUGGAGGCCGCGCUGCGCGAGCUCCUCGAACGGUGCAACGUCGGGCCCGACGACUGCAUCAUCGAGGGCGACCCGACCGCCAAGAGGUACAUCUUCAAGCUCUGUGGCCCUCUCGCACCUAUGCGGGCCGCAAAGUGGCUUAGGUGCUGGGUGCGAUCAAGCUCGCAGACGGCUCGUGGCAGAAGUUCUCCGCCCGCCCGCGACAGCAAAAACUCGGUGCAGGAGGUCAGUGUCUCGGGAGACAGGAGCGCGUUCCAGAUCAAACGUGAGCUGGCGUGCAAGCAGGCGCGGAAGGUGCUUGAAGCGGAGCACCCCGACCUGCGCUUCUUCACUGAAGAGGGCAAGGGUGAUACCAGUUGCCAGUGGAACGCCCUCGUGCGACUCACCCCAGUUCAUAGUGAAUCCCCGCCACAAAUCGAAUACUCAACGGCCAACCUGCAGCCCUUCGAGAAUGACAAGAGGCAGCUGGCCGAGUUGUUCGAGAAUUUAAUUCCAGGGAGGGUGCAUACAUCCUUCGAGCUCUGGACCCUGGCUGGCGCCUCGAAUUCCUACCUGCAGGGUUACGGCCUCGAAGAGGUGGCGCUCUGCCUGGCGACCCUCUGGGCCUUCUCGCCCGCGUUCGUGAGCGGCCCGGCGCGCGCCCCGACGGCCGCCGAGCCGCAGCUGGACCAGGCGGCGCACGCGGCCAACCAGGGCUACGCCGUGCUGCAGCUGGGCUGGGCCGUCUUCAUCAUCGGCCUGGGGCCCGCGGUGCUCUUCUGGAUCUACUUCAACAAGCCGGAGCUCCUGUGAGCCUCCCCGGGGCCUCAGGGGGCUCCCGUCGAAGAAGAGCAAUUGCAAGCGGCGCAACACAGAAACUAAUUCUUGGAUUUCUGCCUUCUGCCGUUCUGCUCUGCCUCCCUCCUCGGCGCCUCGCCCUGCCCUCGCCCGUCUUGUUUUUUGAAGCAGGGGGCGCCAGAUGCCGCGAGCGCCUGCGGCCCGUGCCGCGUGAUCUCUGGCCUCUGGCGGGAAAAA